CCCCGCCGCCGCCGCCCCGGAGAAGUAAAGCCAUGUUGAGCUCAGGGAAUUUAAUCUUUCGUGAUUGGUUAAAGAUGAGAAGAAGAGAAAAACGGGUCAAAAAGAAAGUUAAAAAAACAUACGGUGGUGGCGAUCACUGUCCUCCCAGAAAUCGGGUGAUAAUGGACGCCGGCGCCGUCCAAGAAUCGAUCAAGAAUCACGUCGACGUCUCCUUGAAGCUGGCGAAUCGCGUCUUCUCCGCCGUGACCCUAGCCGAAUCCAACCUCGUCUUCUCCCCUCUCUCGAUCAACGUCGUAUUGGCCCUCCUCGCCGCCGGCUCCAAGGGCCGCACUCUCGACGAGCUCCUCGCUUUCCUCAAAUCCCACUCCGCCGACGAUCUCGACGCCUUCUAUUCUCAGGUCCUCUCCCCCGUCUUCGCCGACGGCAGUCCCCUUGGCGGCCCGAGGUUGUCGGCCGCAAACGGCGCGUGGGUCGAGCAGACUCUGCCGCCCUUGAAGGCUUCCUUCAAACAUAUCGUCGAGAGUGUUUACCAAGCCGUUUCUGAAUCGGUCGAUUUCAUGAACAAGGCAAAUGAAGUGGUUAAUCAUAUUAAUUUGUGGGUUAAGAAUCACACCGGCGGUCUUAUUAAGCAGAUACUUAAUCCCAAUGCGGUCGACAAUGGAACUCUAUUCAUUUUAGCAAAUGCACUGUAUUUCAAAGGAGACUGGGCUGAAAAAUUCGAUGCAAAGGAGACAAAGCGCAGAGAUUUCUACCUCUUGGAUGGGAGCUCCAUAAAAGUCCCAUUCAUGAGCAGUUGGAAGGGACAGUGCGUGAGAGCCUUCGAUGGUUUCAAAGGGCUUGGGGUGGCGUCUCCUUUUGAUGGAGGAGAGGGCCUGGCUGAGAUGGUGGACGGCGGAUAUCCACUCCAUGUCACAAAUGUAAUACACAAGUCCUUUAUCGAGGUUAAUGAACAAGGCACUGAAGCUGCUGCUGUCACCGUGGCUCGCAUGGGGUGCGGCGCCUUGAGACCGAGACCACGCCCGGUGUUGGUGGAUUUUGUAGCAGACCAUCCCUUCCUCUAUUUUAUCAGGGAAGAUUUGACGGGAGCCAUUGUCUUACUUGGGACUCUUAUCAAUCCUCUUCAUUAAUUGAUCAUCAGGGCUAGCCUUAAAUUAGUACUCCGUGUUAGGUAGGGUCUAAGCUUAUCUUUAUUCGAAUUAAGAGGCGAAAAAAAAAUUAUGUUCUAGAACUGUAUUGUUUUUUUUUUAUUUCAAGUGUUUAUCAGAUGUUUAUCUUAGAGUAUACUCCGUAUAAAGUUUUCGUUCGAUG